CCUCUCCACCUUGUACUUUCUUUUUGUCAUCUUCCUGUUGUCGGUCAUCUUCCACUGCCACCAGCGCCUGGCUCUGGUGCCUGCUCCCUGGGCCUCUUCAGCCCUUGUGGUAUUAUCUCCGAGACACCUGUCCCAGGGGGGCAUGUUCACCAUCAAUUCCAUUGGCCGCCUGGGGAACCAGAUGGGCGAGUACGCCACGCUCCUCGCCCUGGCCAGGAUGAACGGAAAGGCCGCCUUCAUCCCCGCGGCCAUGCACAGCACUCUGGCCCCCAUCUUCAGGAUCAGCCUCCCGGUGCUGCACAGCGACACUGCCGCAAGGAUCCCGUGGCAGAACUACCACCUCAACGACUGGAUGGAGGAGCGUUACCGCCACAUCUCAGGACGCUAUGUGCGUCUCACGGGGUACCCGUGCUCCUGGACCUUCUACCACCACCUGCGCCCAGAGAUCCAGCAGGAGUUCACCCUGCACGACCACGUGCGUGAGGAGGCCCAGGCCUUCCUGCGUGGGCUGCGGGUGAACGGGAGCCAGCCGAGUACCUUUGUGGGCGUCCAUGUGCGCCGGGGGGACUAUGUACAUGUCAUGCCCAAGGUGUGGAAGGGCGUGGUGGCUGACCGGGGCUACCUGGAAAAGGCCCUGGACAGGUUCCGGGCACGCUAUUCGUCUCCAGUCUUUGUAGUCACCAGUGAUGACAUGGCCUGGUGCCGGGAGAGCAUCAGUGUCUCUCGAGGGGACGUGGUGUUCGCGGGCAAUGGCAUCGAGGGCUCGCCAGCCAAGGACUUCGCACUCCUCACCCAGUGCAACCACACCAUCAUCACCGUGGGGACCUUUGGGAUCUGGGCUGCCUACCUCACAGGCGGGGAUACUGUUUACCUGGCUAACUUCACUCAGCCCAACUCCCCCUUCCACGCGAUUUUCAAGCCAGAGGCAGCCUACUUGCCCGAGUGGGUAGGCAUUGCUGCUGACCUGGGACAGGCCCAAGGGAGGAAUCUCUAGCCAUGCCUCAGCCUCGGCACCCAGGAGGCGGUGUGGGUGCUUGCUGUAGUGCACAUGCUCAGGAUCCCAGCUGAGUGGCCUCACUGCCUUCCAGUGUAUCCUGGAAACAUGAGCACAGUCUGGGCUUAACCUCAGCAGCAACAUGCACAUGUGACUUGAGUUCACUAUACCCGGAGUGUUAGCUGCCUCAUGUGCUGCAUCUGCCAUGGAGGGCAGUGUCUGCAUUAGGGUUCUUAUGGCUAUGAUAAAACAACUCG